AUGACACUUCGAUUUGGCUCGCAAACCCUAAACUUCUUCUACCUCCUCUCAUCAUCACAGUCUCGGACAUUAACCUGGGCUGGCGUUGACGAUAACGACAAAAUCAAGGCGACGCCACCGAAUAGAGCACUAAGACAUCCAGCAGCGUCUUCAAAAAUGAAAUUUACCUGUUUCUUGAUGCGGUCCAUCCCUUACAAUGAAAAUGGCGGACACAAUGGAAAAUUCUCUGGCCGUCAAAUAGUCGACAUUGCCCUUGCCGCUUUCCUGGGAUUAUUCGUCUUAUGCAGGCUUCGCCAAGCGGAUGCAAGUCUGCCCGAUCCUAAGCUGGAUGCAGUAACGCCUUUAACCUUGGAGACCGGAAUUAGAGGUAGUCACGCCAGUGAACAUACAGAUAAUAAAGACAAUGCAGAUACAGUUGGGAAGGAUAGAGGUGGUGUUUCGCGUGGCAAUUUGUGCGGGCGUCUGACGACUUCUCUGAGAGGAAUGGGAACUAAGAAACAAUGCUAUGCCGCUCUCAGCCAGCACUCUUCUUCGCCCUUAUCUUCUAUUCCGGUUCUUCUGGACCUCCGCCACCUCAACUCCCAGCGUCGUAAAUCCACAACCUUCGUAGCCAUUUUCCACAAUCUUCGAGCAAAAUACGAGUUCAUAAAGAGUGCUAAGUCCAGCGAUGGGGAGGCAAUAGGUAAAGAUAGCGGUCACAAAGGGAGGGUGCUUGAUCUACGUAGCCGAUCUCAUAUCGCUUCCGACACGACUCUUCUUCUGUACCACCACAUUUUUGUCUUGAUUCUCAUUUCGGUCUUUCACUCACUCUUCAUUAUGUUUCAAAUCAGCUGCCUUCAAAUCUUGCCAGAGGAUGAGAAAAAUCGGAAGAAAGGCAUGAAAGAGAUCGUUCGCAUUCUGAUCCAGUGUCUCGAGGCAGCAAAAGGACGCAGAAAUGAGAUCAACCAGCCCUCGACAAGUUCCAAUGAUCGAGCCGGAGAACAAUGGCAGGAUGUAAAGACAUGA